AUGCUGCUGCUGCAGGAUGGAUCUAAGAAACGCAUGCGCAGAGCAGCAGCAGGCCGCAGCAGAUUCGGUAGAAGCAAAGAAGAGAGUGCAGCAGCAGCAGCAGCAGAGGAGGGGGAGGGUUUUGAGGUUGGUACUUCUUCUCCAGGCGACACACAGCAGCAGCAGCAGCAGCAGCAGCAGCAGCUGCAGCAGCAGCAGCAGCAGCAGCAGCAGCAAGUGGAGGUUGUUCCGCAGCCGCCAGGGAGGAAGCGGCGGGCUGUUGGUUAUGUCUUUAUAGUAGAAAAGGGGGCAGCUGAGGACGGCAGCAGCAGCAGCAGCAGCAGCAGCAGCAGUAUAGCAGCAGCAGCAGCUAAGAAGGAGGAGUCAGAAGCAGCAGCAGCAGCAGCAGCAGCAGCAGAAGCAGGAGGCCGAUUCUCCGCUCGCCUGCGGCAGCGCCCAGCUGCUGAUUCGAUGCCUGCAGCAGCAGCAGCAGCAGCAGCAGCAGGCGACACACAGCAGCAGCAGCAGCAGCAGCAGCAGCAGCAGCUGCAGCAGCAGCAGCAGCAGCAGCAAGUGGAGGUUGUUCCGCAGCCGCCCUUGCUGCUGCCUUCUUCGCUGCGCCGCAUCUUGGGCCUGCUUGGUGUUCCCGCUGCUGCUGCUGCUGCAGCUGCUGCUGCUGCUGUUGCUGCUGCUGCUGCUGCUGCUUCGGGGGUCUCCUCUCCUUGUCUUUUAGCAGCAGCAGCACCGCUAGGCAAGCUGUCUUCAGCAGGAGACAAACCCCCCUCUCCCUGCUGCAGCAGUGUGUCGCCUUGCUGCAGCAGCAGCUCCGAUGGGGGGCUGCGAGCAGCAGCAGCAAAACUCUCUGGCUCUACAGCAGGCUGUGCAGCUGAUUCUUCAGCAGGAGACAAACCCCCCUCUCCCUGCUGCAGCAGUGUGUCGCCUUGCUGCAGCAGCAGCUCUGAUGGGGGGCUGCGAGCAGCAGCAGCAAAACUCUCUGGCUCUACAGCAGGCUGUGCAGCAGCAGCAGCAGCAGCAGAAGCAGGAGGCCGAUUCUCCGCUCGCCUGCGGCAGCGCCCAGCUGCUGAUUCUAUGCCUGCAGCAGCAGCAGCAGCAGCAGCAGCAGCAGGUGGUGGUGCGUUGGGUUCUUCUUUGUCUGUUACUUCUUCUUUUGAAGGAGAAACGAUUGCAUCUGCUGCUCAUCCAGCGCAUGCAGCAGCAGCAGCAGCAGCAGCAACAGCAGCAGCAGCAACUCGUGGUGCUGCUGUUCCUCUAGACCCAUUGACUCGCCGUCGUUGUUUAGUUAGCCAGAGAAGAAUAAAGGGAGUAGAGAAGUACCUGCAGCUGUGUGAGCAGAUGUAUUUCGGUUUCUGGGGGGGCCGCAGCAGCAGCAGCAGCAGCAGCAGCAGCAGCAGCAGCAGCAGCAGCAGGGGGGGAGAAAUCGAGGCUAUUCGGGGUGCAGGGGGGCAGCAUAUGGUAGCUGCCAGCAGCAGCAGCAGCGCAGCAGAAACAUUCAGAGAUGAAGACAGCGAGGUGGGGUCGGUGAUGCAUAGGUUGAUUGUAUGUAACAAUACGCAGCGUGAGAGAGCAGCAGCAGCAGCAGCAGCAGCAGCUGCUGCUGCUGCUGCUGGAGGAGCAGCAGGGCUUGGGGGGGGAGUAGGAGGAGUGUGCUCACAACGUAGCAGCAGCAGCAGCAGCAGCAAAGGAGAUGUUCAGCAGCAGCAGCAGCAGCACGAGAUUUCGAGUGUAUGUGGAUCUUCUAUCCAGCAGCGUCGUAGCAGCAGCAGCAGCAGCAACAACAGCAGCAGCAGCAGCAGCAGCAGCAACAUACAGCAACAGCAGCAACACCAUCAUAAUACAAGAGUUAAACUAACACCUAUUGAGCUACUGACCUCGCCCCUGAGGCAGCAACAUGUACUCGAUCUGUGGGGACCCAAAGAAGUUGCUUUGUUUGAGGCCGUCGCGCAAGCCCUCCACCUCCAUCCCAAGCUGCAGCAGCAGCAACAGCAGCAGCAACAGCAACAGCAAUAG